CUUAAGUUUUUUUUUGAAUGGCUAUUCUAUAUUUCCUAUUAUUACUUCUUUGAUAAUCCCAUGUUGUUUUGACGGAUAUAAUGGAAUGGAAGAAAGUGAUAUUGGUACCUGUACUUGUUGGUAUAUUGAUCAAUGAUUGAACAGGGCUAUUAUGUACUUUUUAUUUUCGUCACUAGGUAGCUUUUUUACAUUUGCCUCUUUUAUACUCAAUUUAUUUAUUGUGAUUGGCCAGUUAAGCAACAGAGCUUUUAUCAAUCGACUUUACUUUGCCCAAGCUUAUCAUCUAUCUUCAAGUCAAUAUUAUAAUCUUGGUUUAUGGAAUUAUUGUACAUCAAAUGAUCAAGGUGUUCAAUCUUGUUCUCAUCCGACGCCUGGUUACAAUUGGGUCGAUACACCUGCUAUUAAUCAAACAUUGUCAAGUCUUCCUUUAAGCAAAGGACUGUUUUUGGGUGCAUUUAUUCUUUUCAUCAUUGGACUUUGUUUCUCUUUUAUUCUUUGGGUUAUUAGUAUGCCACUUUGUUGUGUUAAGCAUCGUGCUGUGGGUGGUUCCAUGUCCACUUUUACAUUCAUCACCUUCCUUGUGAUGUUGACUGCUCUUAUUAUGGAAUUGGUGUUUAUCAUCCGUGGUAAUUAUCUUUUACACAGUGUUGAUCCUACUUGGACUGGUCAUGCAGGAAAUUCUCUUUGGUUGACUAUUGGUUCGGUGGUAUCUCUUCUUUUUGCUUUCUUUAGUUAUGGUGGAUCAUGUUGCUGUAUUGGUGGUAAAGGUGCUGCUACAUCAAGAAAAAGCAAGAAAGCUUCAGGUAGAGUCGGUCCCACUUAUGGUGGCAAGUAUGGUGAUGGUGAUGAAGAAGCUGCUGGUGAAGGAACUCAUGCUAUACGAUCUCCAUAUAAUUUGAAUCAAUCUGUGUAUCAUACUGUUGGACAGCAAUCUCCUCAUAUGUCACAACAACCUUAUCAAGCUCAACCUGGUAGUCCUCAUGUUCCAAGUAAUUUACAACAACAACCUCAACAACCUCAACAACCUGCUUAUCAAACUCCUAUCUUACAACAUGCUGAUGUGAGUGAUCAAAAUGUCUAAUCAAUCAUAUGGAUCCAUCUUUUGAUUAGUGAUAAUACACUCCCAUUCUCUUUUUUUUUUUUUUUUUAAU